GUGCAACGAAAGAUUGUGUUUUUUUUGCGAAAUAUUCAACUUUUUUAUAUCAGUUUUAAAAUACGAAAAUGAUGGAUGAAAGGCUGGCCAACAAAUUAUUCGAGGAAGGGGCCUUUUUGUUCCUUCUUGAUAUACCAAUAGGGAGUGAAGUGGGGAUAGAUUUUAACUGUUGGAGGACGGCAGAAAAAUUUAAAGGUAUCAAAAUGAUACCACCGGGAGUUCACUAUAUUUACUACAGUGCUGUAGACAAACAAGGCUGUGUUGCACCAAGAACAGGUUUUUUUUACAAUUUCAAUAAGAAGGAUGUUGUUGUCCGAAGAUGGAAUCCUGAAAUAGAAGAAGUUAUCGACAACUGCAGUCAUGAAGAAACUGAAGUUUUAAAAGCAAACCUAAAAAAUUUGGACAAACAUUUGGGACCAUAUCCCUUUGAAAUGUGGAAAAAAUGGCUAUCGCUCAGUAGUAAAAUUACAGCUGGUGUUAUUAGAAAAAUUGAAGCUGCUCCCACGAAGGUAACAACAAGCACUGAAUUAGUUCAAACACCUGUUGUAAACCCAGGACCAUCUGUAAAAGAAAAAGUAUUAUAUUCUGAUGACCAGCUAUUGGCAUCUAGGCAGACAAACCCAGGGACAGCAUUAAACUUCACUGAAAUUCCAAAAAAUUUCUAUCCUAAAGGAUCCAAUGCUGGGGACAUUACUAAGUAUAGCAUGGACACGUCUUUCGUACUGGAACAAAUGCUUUCGUUGUGGGAAAGUCCAUCUGAAUUGCUUGCAGAACUCCAAAUGGUGUUUCUGUACUUUGUAAUUGGUCAGGUGUACAGUGCUUUUGAGCAUUGGAAGCAUUUGAUUAACAUUUUUUGUUCUGCUGAUGAAAUGGUUAUAAAAAACCCAUCCCUUAUCUUGGACUUCAUCGGAGAUUUAUACUUCCAGAUGCAAGAAGUACCAACUGAUUUUUUUGUAGACAUUAUCUCAUCAGAGAACUUUUUGGUUAAAACCCUGAGGGUUUUAUUUACCAAUGUCUUGGAAAACUAUGUUGCAGAUCCUCAACUUAAAAAAAGAACAUUACAAUUCAAACAAUUUGUAACUCAGAGAUUCCAAUGGGAUUUUGAAGCCGAGCCAGACGAUGAAGCGCCGGUGGUUGUUGAGAUGAUGGAAAACGAUAUGUAAUGAGUAUGAUACUGUUUAAUUUAUCCAUGCCUUGCUCAUCAAUACAGAAUACAA